UAUGUGAAAAAUACUGUUUUUUUACACGCGAAACAUGAACACAUGUUAUAUUGCACACUAUAAACACAAUCAAAGCUUCAAAAAACCACGAAAAACGGGACCUUUAAAUAUAUUUUUCAGGUCCAGGCGUUAUAUAGCACAGAUUUACAGCUCCACCUGAUUUUUAAGUUAUGCAGCUAUACAGUGAUUGUUAAUAUUUGAAACUAUUUUCAUCCUGUAUAUGCAGAUUAUGACAUGCACACACAAUGCAGGGGUGGAUAAAUAAAUAAUAGGCCUCCCUGAUGUCACAGUCACAGAUAGCCGUGCAUGCUAACCCGUUGACAUUUAUUUAGCCCUACUAUAAAAUAGGAACCUUUAAAAACUAUAACAUAGGCAUAGAGACCCAAUAUAUAGGCCUACAUAUUUUAUUAACAGGUAAACAAGGAAACAUGAGUUUACCAUUAAACAUUUUAUUAGCACUUUACCAUGAUGGCAGGCCUACUUAAAAACAUAGGCUAUGGAAAUAUGAAGAAGUCAAAUGAAUGAAGUGCUAAUGUAAAACAGCCUGAAGUACCCACAUGAAAAAAAAUACUAUAGUAUUUACUAUAGUAAAAUAUAUAAAAUGUAGUACACUGUAUUAUAUUAUUUACAACACUGUUAAUGAAUGCUACAGCAUACUGUAGUAUUAACUAUAGUGAACUGAUCAACUGUAAUGUACUGUAGUAUUUUAGUUUUUACUGCAGUAAACUGUGUAUUCAUAGUAGCCUAUAGUUGUAGAAAACUUAGUAUAGCUAUUGGGUAAAGUAAUUUGUUUACAUUACUUUAGUUGGUAUAUUACCACAACAAAUUAAUUCAAGUAUUUUACUAUAGUAUGGUUCAAAAACACUGUAAUAUUUACUACUAUUAAAUUACUAUAGUAUUUUCUCAUGUGGGUACCCAGAGGUGCUGCCACCAAGCGUUCGUUUAUAAACAAUAACUUAUCCAUUCUGUGUCUUAAGUACAAUAAAACAAUAGUCAAUAUAUCCUACUAAAAUACCUAACAGAUAAUAAAAUACGAUUUCUGUGAUAAGGCCAAAUCAUUCACAAAAUCAUACAUAAAGGAAUGCGCAUGCUCAGAGCGGUUAACCAAUGAAAUUGGAAGUGUGCCGCCCCGCCCCAUAUCCUCCACUGUGGGACAGUGUUGCCAAGUUGCCCCAAGUUGAAGCGACUCCAAAUAACAUCAUAUUUACCCCCUGGAAUGCGAAUUUUACCUGGGAAAACGUGGAUUUUUAUCCCCCCGGAAACGCGAUUUUUACCAGAGAAAACGUGGACCCGCGAUAUGGGGUAGUUUUGAGUAGCACUUGGGCGGAAUUUAUUGUGAAAAUCUGGCAACCCCGGUGUACUAGGAAAUGUGGGCAAAUAUUCUUUCGUUUCUUUUUAUAAAUUAAAGUUAUAAGUUAUAAAUUAAACAAUUUGUGCACAUAUUUUCAUAAAGCUUCGGUUUUACAAUACAAAUUAUAUUUUAGAUAGUUACAAUUGUAUUUUGAAGAGUCACGAUUAUAAUUUGACUAGUCAAAUGAAAAGUGAAGCAUAGUUAUAAAACGGCUUGCGAUAGUACUUGGGCCAUAAUUUAAACUAGCAUUUUUCAUCUAAACGUGCACAAAUGAACCUUUUACCAUCCGUGCUUUUUACUUUAUUUUUCAUUCAUUCGAUCAGCAGACGCUUGUCUGAAAACCUUGAGCUGUUGAAAACUGAUCCAUGAAACGGAGUAAUUGUGUUUGUUUACUAAAUACCUCGAUAUCAGCAUUAUGUGUUCACAGACAUAUGAGUGUUAGAUUGUGCAUUUUGUCCCGAUGCAGGCAGCGCCUCCCACGAAUACUGCGUAACACCCUGAACAGUCAGCAUAACACACACACACACUGCUGCACAGCAAAGAGCUUGCUUUAUUCUGUUACAUUUUAUUUUUGAAGUGUCGCUUCAUUUAGUGAAAAUGUCUGGGAAAGUUGUGUUGCAUUACUUCAAUGGAAGAGGGAAAAUGGAGUCGAUCCGAUGGCUUUUGGCCGCAGCUGGAGUCGAGUUUGAGGAGGUGUUUUUGACCAAAAGGGAGCAUUAUGAUAAACUGCUGAAUGAUGGAGCCCUGAUGUUUCAGCAGGUGCCUUUGGUUGAAAUAGAUGGGAUGCAGCUUGUGCAAACAAAGGCUAUCUUGAAUUACAUCGCUGGAAAAUACAACCUCUAUGGAAAAGACCUGAAAGAACGGGCUUUGAUUGACAUGUAUGCAGAGGGAACCAGCGAUCUAAUGGAUCUUAUCAUAAUGUCUGUUUUCGCGCCACCCGAAAACAAGCAGAAACAGCUCAGUAAUAUAGAGCAAAAGGCAAAAGAGCGCUUCCUUCCUGUGUUUGAAAAGGGUCUUGCAAACUCUCAUUUCCUGGUGGGAAACCAGUUGAGCCGCGCUGACGUUCACCUUCUGGAAGCCACUCUGAUGCUGCAGGAGUUAUUCCCUACAAUACUGUCAACCUUUCCCAAAAUCCAGGCGUUUCAGGAAAGAAUGAAGGCCUUACCAAGAAUCAGCAAGUUCCUGCAGCCCGGCAGUGCAAGAAAAUCUCCGCCUGAUGAGGUGUACGUGAAAACCGUGAAGGAAGUGUUGAGCCACCUCUUUAAGUAGAAGAACCACAGAAAACCAGUUCUUCAAAACAUUUAGAUGAUGUUAAUCAUUAAUACAUUUACAAGUGUCCUUAUUAAAACUAAAAUUGGCAGAUUUAUUUGGAAUGUACAAGAUACAGUUUGGAUAAAGUGAUAAUAUUGUGAUAUGAAGAUUGCAGCUGUUCAGUACAUGUUGUCAGGAAGUGUGUGUGUGUCUGACAGAAACUCUCAGACAGAUCAUCAUCAUCAUGCCACAUCUGCACCUGUCAGUCUGAUUUAACAUAGAGUCAUGGUCAGAAUCAUGUCCUAAAACAAAUUUUUUUGUCACACCUGCCAAUGGCCAAUGACUUUAACUGCCAUAAAUAUUUUUUACCAGCCAUGAAACUGAUACAAAAAUUUAAUAAAGUAAUCAAAUGUAAAAUAACACUGCAUAGUCUUCACUGUAUAAAUUAAACAGUUUAAUCCUUAUUAAAGUUACAAAAGUUAUUCA